GCGCCCCCAUAGCUGACCUCACCCGGGACAAAGGCAGCCUCCUUGCCAAAUGGGCUGGGUUUGGCUGGGCUGGUAGGAUUGCAUCCGCGCAGAGGGCUGCAGGAGCAGCCGAAGCCCACCUUGCAAAUGCAGGUACUCUUCAGGCCUUUCGAGGAAUUCGGAUCACAGCCCGCAGCAACAAGCAGAAAAUGGUCUGCCAAACAGAACCAAGUGACCUUUGAAGAUGUGGCUGUGUAUUUCACAACUGGGCAAGCAGCUCUGCUGGAUCCGAGCCAAAGAGCCUUGUAUGAGGAUGUUAUGGUGGAAAAUUAUGAGAAUGUGGUCUCAGUGGCAGGAUUUCUGGUUUCCAAGCCCAAGCUCAUUGAUCAGCUGGAACAAGGAGAUGAGCCGUGGGUGCCGGAUUUUGGAGGCUCAGAAGAAACUGAGGUUUCCCACACCGACUUGGGAUUUCUUGUCCCAAGUCCUGAGGGUAUUACCCAGCUGGAACUAGAAACCUUGUGGAUGCCAGUUUGUCAGGAAGAAACAAAGAUUGUGGGCACCAGUUCAGAAAAUUACUUGGAAAAGAAAAUCAAGUGCCAUGUCUGUGGAAAAUGUUUUAGUCAGAAACUGAAUCUCGCCAGACACUGCCAAGUCCACCUGGGACAUAAACUAUAUAAGUGUCAGAAACAGUUUGAUUGCCAAUCACACCUUUUGAGCCACCACAGGAUCCAUACAGAAGAGAAAUCUUAUAAAUAUUUAGAAUGCGGAAAACCAUUUUCUCAACAGCCUCACCUUAUGAGCCAUAAAAAAAUCCAAACAGGAGAGAAACCCUAUAAAUGUCUGGAGUGUGGAAAAUGUUUUGCAUACCAGUCAAGAUUUGUAAACCACCAGACUGUUCAUGGGGGAGAGAAAUCCUUUCAGUGCUUGAAAUGCAAUAAACGUUUUGCCCGUUCAUCAUACCUUGUGAAUCACCACAGAAUCCACACAGGAGAAAAACCUUAUACAUGCUCAGAGUGUGGAAAGCGUUUUACCCAACAGGCUCACCUUAUAAACCAUCAGAGACUUCACACAGGAGAGAAACCUUACAAAUGUAUGGAGUGCCAGAAGUGUUUUGCUGACUCCUCAACCUUUGCAAAACACCAGAGAGUUCACACUGGAGAGAAACCAUACAAAUGCAUGGAAUGUGGAAAAUGUUUUGCAUACAGCUCUGCGUUCUUGAUACAUAAGAGAAUCCAUACUGGAGAGAAACCCUGUAAAUGUUUAGAAUGUGGGAAAUGCUUUGGUCGCCCGUCUCACCUUGCAAAACAUCGGAGAAUUCACACUGGAGAAAGAAGCUAUAAGUGCACAGUGUGUGGGAAAUGUUUUGCUGACAACUCAACCCUUGUGAUUCACAGAAGAGUUCACACAGGAGAAAAACCAUAUACAUGCACAGUGUGUGGAAAAUGUUUUGCUUAUCGUUCAGUUUGUAUGAAACACCAGAAGAUUCACACUGGAGAGAAACCUUUUAAAUGUUCAGAGUGUGGGAAGUGUUUUUCUCAUCGGCCAGAUCUUAUGAUCCAUCAGAGAGUUCACACUGGUGAGAAACCAUACAAGUGCUUGGAAUGUGGGAAAUAUUUUGGUUACAAAUCCUAUCUUGUGGAUCAUCACAGGCUCCACACAGGGGAGAAACCUUAUAAAUGCUCAGAGUGUGGGAAAUGUUUUGUUCAGCAAUCAAACUUUGUGACACAUCAAAGGAUCCACACAGGAGAGAAACCAUAUGAAUGUUCACAGUGUGGCAAACGUUUCACACAGCAGUCUAACUUAGUGAUACAUCAGAGAGUUCACACAGGGGAAAAGCCCUAUAAGUGCAUCAAAUGUGGGAAAUCUUUUUCUCGUUGUUCAAGUUUUGUGAAACACCAGAGAUCCCAUACAGGUGAUAAACCUUACAAGUGCUUGCAAUGUGGGAAAUAUUUUGCUCACCAGUCAGACCUUCAGCAACAUAAGAGAGUCCACACUGGAGAGAAACCUUAUAAAUGCUCAGAAUGUGGGAAAUGUUUUGCUCACCGUUCAGCAUAUAUAAAACAUCAGGGGGUUCACACAGGAGAUAAACCGUAUAAAUGCUUUGAGUGUGGGAAAAGUUUUGCUCGCCAGUCUGGUAUUUCAGCGCACCAAAGAGUCCAUACGGGUGAGAAACCGUAUAAGUGCUUGGAGUGUGGGAAAUGUUUUGCUCAACAUUCACAUCUAGCAACUCAUAAGAGAGUCCACACAGGAGAAAAACCUUAUGCAUGUCCUGAUUGUGGAAAAAGUUUUGCUCAACGGCCCCAUCUUGUGAUUCACCAGACAGUCCACACAGGACAGAAAAAGUGUAGAUGUUUAGAGUGUGGAAAACACUUUGCUCAUAGAUCACUCCUUGUUACCCAUCAAAGAAUCCACACAGGAGAGAAACCUUACAAGUGCUUGGAAUGUGGGAAGUGUUUUGCACAAAGGCCACACCUUGUGACUCACCAUAGAGUUCACACCGGAGAGAAACCUUAUAGAUGUCCUGAGUGUGGAAAGUGUUUUUCUCAGCGACCGCAUCUUAUGAUCCACCAGAAGGUGCACACAGAAGGCAAACGCAAGCAAAGAUCCCUUUCAGUGCAUCAUUCGAAGGUUGAUCACUUCCCUCAAAAAAGUGGAAAACCUCAGAAAAGCCAAUCAGGAAAGAAAACCACAUGAACUAUUCCUUUGUGGGGGAAAAGACUGUGCCUGACAGAAGAAGAAGAGGAGGAGGAGAAUUUAUAUCCCCCCUUUCUCUCCUGCAAGGAGACUCAAAGAGGCUUACAAUCUCCUUUCCUCCCCCUGCC